AUGAAUGGCCCGUACAAUGCUGUAUAUGCCAAUUCCCCUAUACAGUCUGCAGCACCUUCGGUGAUGUCCCAUGUAAGCAUGCAAGAUGACCUCGUUUCUGUGAUGAGCGUGCAAACGACUCUAAACGCCAAUGCAGCAUCCUGUCCUCAGGACUCCAGUUUUACUGAAUUGCGGCCACAGUCGCAGUUUUCUUCUUCUGCAUCAACACCUCCAUGUACAGAGAAUGUUGAUCCGGCUACCAUCCAGGAAGUUCGGAGAAACAUUGCUUAUUCCAUAAAUAACUUCUAUAGUAAUGAUCAGUUCAAAAUCAUCCAGUGUAUCUGCCAUUAUGCUCAGCGAAAUAUGCUUCAAUUCGUAGAUAUGGGCAGCGUCCACAAGUUGCUUUUGCUCAUUACGCAACUUCUAAAGAAUAUCAUUGAUCCUAACUUUCGUCGCCAAAAUUCUCUGCAAACAAGUAAUUUACUUCUCAACGCCAUCUUUUAUCUGAGUAGGAAUCCGAGCACUUUAAGAGUGGUAAUGCAUCUCGCCUCAGAUAAGAAUACGUCGGAAUUCAUCUACAUUAUCGCUCAUUUUGCCAAAGUGAACUUGAACUGGGCUGCUGCGCUCACCUUGCAUACUCUUUUCGAUUUCAAUGGUCCAGAAGGAGCUAAAUGUAUAACAUAUGCAAAACAAAUGCAGCCUGGAGCUGUUCUUGACGCACUACUUCAUAUUCUGAAGGAAAAACCUGAUCGAAAAAGAACAUUGUUCGUGCUUCAUUCGUUGCAACUUCUUGCUCGAAAAGAUAACAAUGCUAAACAACAUAUCGUGCAGUCGUACGGUGGACGCUUUAUUGAGCUUCUUAUUGGUUCGACAGAUGGUGGGCUAUUGGCUUUAGCAGAUAACGCAAAAGAUCAAGGAAGACUGCUUUAUCGGAUCUUUGCUUUACUGAAUGUCGUUAUGGCUAGUCAAACUGCUGCAGAAAUAUUCGUUCGUUGUGGUGGUUUGCAGAAAGUUUGUGAGCGUCUUUACCAAUCUACGGACGUUUUGCGGGAAGGUAUUCACCUGGUUGCACUAGCUAGUGAUGUUAAAGCAGUUGAUGAUCAAGAUUUGAGGAUAGCUAUUCGUCAGGUAUUGGACAUCUUGUGCCGAUCAAAUGAUCGUGAUCUCUUUCUGAGACGCUACAGUUCCGGGUUUUUAGUAAACAUUAUGGCAAAUCGCCCGGUUAAUAAGAGGCUUUUAAUAGAAUGUAACGCCUUCGACAUAUUUACGAGGUUAUGCCAGCAAUACUCCAAUUUGGAGCAGUGGAUGCAAACCAAGGAAUUAAAAAAUAUGCUUGAGGAGUUAGUCGAUAAUAUUCUAUUGUGCUUAAAUUCGUUAAUAGUAGAACCGUUGAAACCAGACAUAACGAGGGCAAGGGACGGUUACUUAUCGCAGCUGGUUGGUCUUCUAUUAAGUUGUUGUGCUGGCUGGGGCGCCACCGUAAUGCAAGCCGUAGUUGAAGAGAAAAGCGAAAAUAUUAUCGGAAUCGUUUUCAACGUGAUUUCAAUCACAAGGGCAGAAGCAACCGAUUCCAAUCGCAAGGAGAGCGUGGCUAUGUUGGUCGCAUGUUUUCGGGUAUUAAAUCUUGUGAUGAUGUGUGAAGAGAGUGCGAAGAAAACAGUUGCUCUAUUUGUUAGAAAUAGCACAGUUUCUAUGAUGGAACUUUUGCGGACCUUUAGCGAGGACAAUCUUAUUGUUCAGAUUUUGGAAGUGUGUGAUCGUGUAGCUGAUGAUGAGAGCCUCGCUCAGCAGUGGAGUAGCGAUCGGCCACUAAUUGAUGGGAAUGCGAAUAGCUCUCACCCUGAAAUUGCGCGCGCCGCCCAAUCCUUGGUAUCGAAAUUAAGCGUGGUAAAUACGGACUUCGAGCCACUGGCUGGUGUGUUCGCUUCGAUGGGCUCAGAAGGUUUCUCAAUGGAGAUGUAG